GAUGGCACCGAAUGGACGCACGUCUCCCCAGGCACGAUCAACCGUCGCUGCACCUGGAAGUCAGCGGUGGCAUUUUGAAACUCUCCCAAGAUGUGCUUCUGUUAAGACGACCAGAGCGAAAGCAAAAUGACUACCGUGAGGUACGAACAAGGGUCAGAGCUGGCAGAAGCUUCCAGCUCUCCAGUGGCAGAAGAGCCCACUAUAAAGAUUGAUGAUGGUCGUGAUGAGGAUAAUGAACCAGACAGCUGUUUCAAUACUAUUAGGAGAAAAAUAUCUCCAUUUGUGAUGUCAUUUGGAUUCAGAGUAUUUGGAGUUUUGCUCAUCAUUGUGGACAUUAUAGUUGUGAUUGUGGAUCUGGCUAUUGGUGAGAAGAAAAGGAGCAUUAGAGAGAUUCUUGAAGGUGUUUCCCUGGCAAUAGCACUCUUCUUCCUUGUCGAUGUUCUCCUGAGGGUGUCUGUUGAAGGCUUCAGGAACUACUUCCGAUCCAAGCUGAAUAUUUUGGAUGCAUUCAUAGUGGUGGGCACUCUGUUAAUUAACAUGACGUACUCCUUCUCUGACCUUGCUGAAGCAGAUCAGAUGCCAAGAAUGGUUGCUGUCCUUCGAGUUCUGAGAAUUGUCAUCCUGGUAAGAAUAUUUCGCCUAGCCUCACAAAAGAAACAACUUGAAGUGGUAACUAGGAGGAUGGUCUCAGAAAACAAAAGGCGUUACAUGAAAGAUGGCUUUGACCUGGAUCUCACUUACAUUACAGAUCGUGUUAUUGCAAUGUCGUUUCCAUCUUCUGGGAAGCAGUCUUUCUAUAGGAACCCUAUAGAGGAAGUUGCAAGAUUUUUGGACACCAAACACAAAGACCACUAUAAAGUCUACAACCUCUGCAGCGAAAAAGGCUAUGACCCCAAGUACUUCCAUUACAGGGUGGAAAGGAUCUUUAUUGAUGACCACAAUGUCCCAGCGCUACAGGACAUGCUGAAGUUCACUGCCAGUGUCCGUGAGUGGAUAAAUCAAGAUGAAAAGAAUAUCAUAGCAAUUCACUGUAAAGGAGGCAAAGGCAGGACUGGGACAAUGGUCUGUACCUGGCUCAUAGACAGUGACCAGUUUGAAAGUGCAAAGGAGAGUUUGGACUACUUUGGGGAGAGAAGAACUGAUAGAAGUACAAGUACCAAAUUUCAAGGAGUUGAAACUCCAUCCCAGAGUAGGUAUGUUGGGUAUUAUGAGAUCCUGAAAAACAAGUAUAACUUGAAACUCCCACCAGAGAGAGAACUCAAAAUAAAAAACCUCAAAAUCCACUCUAUACAUGGAGUUGGGAAAGGCAAUGGAACUGAUAUGAAGGUGCAGAUAAUAAUGAGGAAGCAAGUUGUACUAGAGUGUGUAUGUGCCAGUCAGGCUAACUGCAAGCUCUUCUUUGAUUCUGAAAAUGACUCUGUAGUCAUUGGCUUGGAAGACAGCCCUGUUAUAAGUGGUGAUGUGAAAAUCCGAUUUGAGUCACGUUCUGAUCUCCCAAAAGGCUAUGAUGACUGCCCGUUCUUUUUCUGGUUCAACACUUCCUUUAUUGAGAAUAACAGACUCUAUCUGCCCAGAAAUGAGCUGGAUAACCCUCACAAGUCUAAAACGUGGAAAGUCUACAGUGAGACGUUUGCUGUGGAAGUAAACUUUAUUGAACCAUAAGGGAAGGCUGAAAGAAGAGAAACACUUGAAACUCAUCUUCAUUCCUGAAGAAUGUCUUGCUCUUUCAGUGUAAAUUGAAGUAGUCUUCUUCCAGUAUACUUAAUGUAUUUCUGUGUAGAUACAGCUUCUCAAAUAAACAAUGACAUGAAGUUCUGUUGUGCAGAGCAAUAAUACUCUGAAGAACUAGCUUAGUGUCAGCUGUCAUGUUAAUGAGCUGCUGGAUCUUCUGGAGCUUUUACCUACAGAUAGUGGAUGCAUUACAUGAUAACUGGAUGCAUCCACAUACACAUAUCCUUCUUCUAUUAACUGAAGACUCUAAUGUUCUUGCUUAGAGACAGACAGUUCUGACAAUGGGUGGAGAACAGCGGUCUGCAAGACACCACUGGGAGAGUUGGACACCUCCCCUCAGCAUCAGGG